AUGACAUUUGAGUUCCUCCCUCCUUCUCCAAGCACUCCAAACCUCAUUGUUCCCCGAAAAGAGGUAGUAGAGGAAAUAAUCAAAUUUUGGUCAUCAUCUCACCUUGUUGGGGUAUCAAUCCAUAAAAGAAUCCCCUUCAAGGUAAUUCAAACUGCUGCAGCAAAGCUCUGGGGAUCCUACGGACUCACAUAUACCAUUCUUGGAGAAGGGAAUACAUACUAUUUCAGAUUCAAAUCCACAACUCAAGCUAACAAUGUCCUCUUAUUGGGCCCUUGGUCAAUUGCUGGCCUUAGUUACAUUACCAGCUCUGUGAGGGAGCCUCUAUAUGCAGAUCUUGCUACUGAAGGAAGGAUCAAGCUCAAGUUUUCAAGGGUCUGUGUUAACCUAGACCUCACUAAACCUCUCAAAUCUGAGGUUGAGCUGAAAAUGGAAGAUGGCAGCAUAGAACAAAUUCGAAUUGAAUACCAAUGGCUCCUAAAAUUUUGUUCCAAAUGUAAUCUGCUCAAUCACACUGAAGUUCACUGCCCUCUUCAAUAUGUUAAACUUCCACAACAAAAGAACAAAGGCAUUACUUAUCCCACUGACAACAGCAGCAUUCCUCAGAAGGACAGAUGUAACCAGCACAAUCCCACUGAUGUUCAAUGCCCUCCUUAA